AAUCUACACAGUACACAUACACACAGAAACCAAGAGGGAGAGUAUACAGCUGGUGCGUGGAACACCAGGACAGUUUCUUGUACAAGGGUCAGGAUGAGGAAAACCAGCAAUUUGCUGCUGCUUCUUCUGGCUCUAUGGGCUGGGAGUUCACAUGAACUGACAAUCCAGGAGGAGACCAAUAAAGAAACAAGUGAGCGUGUGCUCAUUCGAUCCAAGAGGAGAUGGGUGCUGUCUACUUUUGAACUGGAGGAGGAAGAUCCUGGGCCUUUUCCUAGGACAUUUACAACGUUGUACAAUGAUAAGGACCUGAAUCACACCCUCAAAUUCAGCAUCAGUGGUCAAGGUGUAGAUAAAGAACCAAAAGGUGUGUUCUCCAUUGAUGAAAAUACUGGUGAAGUCUUCAUACACAAGCCCAUAGACCGAGAAAUCUACCCAGUUAUGCAUGUGAAUUUUGAUGUGAUGGAAAAACGUAGUGAGAAAAUUCUUGACAAAACUUUGGCUUUCGAUGUAACCAUAACGGAUAAGAAUGAUAAUCCACCUGAAUUCAUACCUGAGGAUUUAUACAUAGACGUUCCAGAGAACAUAAAAGAAGGUCAGCUUCCUGUUUCACUGCAAGCAAGAGACAAUGAUGAGGAAAACAAUCACAAUUCUCGCAUCUCCAUGAGGAUAGUGUCUCAGGAGCCAGCACUGCCAAAAAUCUCUCUGGAAUCCUCCUUGGAUGGAGAAGGCAGCAUGAACAAAAAUCUUGUCUUGACUGGUUGCUUUGAUUAUGAUAAAGUAAAGAAAUAUAAAAUGCUUGUCGAAGCACGGGAUCAUGGAACACCAUCACGCUCAUCCACUACCACUGUAAAUUUUGCCAUCACUGACUCCAACACUCACGCACCUGUGUUCACUGCUCCAAAGUUAAAUGCUGAGGUUAUGGAGAUGGAAACCAGGGAAAUAUUAAGGAUUCCUGUGGAAGACAAGGAUACUCCCAACACUCCAGCAUCCAGAGCAGUAUUCACUAUCCUGAAGGGUAAUGAGGAGGGCAACUACAAGAUUGAGACAGACCCACUUACCAAUGAAGGAGUGCUGACGGUCAUCAAGGGAAAGGAUUACGAGAGGACUACUCUAACUGAGCUGGAAAUAGGAGUCGAGAAUGAAGAGCCAUUAUUUUUAUGCAUUGACGGAAAGCCAAUUAUUCCUGUACCAGAGACUUUAAAAGGAAAGAGCACAGUUAAAGUCGCUAUUAAAGUCAUCGAUGUGAAUGACCCACCAAAGUUUCAGAAUAAAAUUCAGAAGGUUUACAGGGUUGAGGAAGAAGAGCCAGGAGAUGUGUUGUACAUACCCACAGUCACAGAUGAGGAUUCAGACCCAGCUAAACUGAGGUAUGAGCUAGUAGAAGAUCCAGCUAAGUGGAUGUCCAUAGACCCACAGACAGGCAAGAUCACUUUGGCAAAGAAGAUGGACCGCGAAUCUCCAUAUGUCCACAACAGCACCUAUACUGUCACGAUGAGAGCAAUAGAUGAUGGGGAACCUCCCUGCACAGGUACAGGGACUCUGGUGGUCCAUCUGGGAGAUAAGAAUGAUAAUGUACCUCAUUUAACUUCCAACACUUCAGUGAUGUGUGGGAACAAAGCUGACAGAGUGAGUGUCAAAGCAGGGGAUGAUGAUGUUUUUCCAUAUAGUGGACCCUUCACCUUCACGUUUGGCAAAGAAAAUCAGGAGCUGAAUAACCUUUGGAAGGUUGACCCUAUCACAGGGUCUGAAACCUUCCUGAUUAGUCUGAAGAGUCUGCCAUAUGGGAAAUACUCAGUUCCACUGAAGAUUGCUGACCAACAGGGGAUGCUAGCACAUGAUGUUUUACAAGUGGUGGUAUGUGACUGUGGAAAAGGAGAUGUGUGUCGGGACCAACUGCCUCGAUCGUCUACCCUCCAUGGAGCAGCAAUAGGAAUUCUACUGGGAACGCUACUCAUGAUGGCUUUGCUGCUCUGCUUUUCUUUCAUCUGCAAGUGUAAAGAGAAAACGAAUUUCAAGCAAUGCUUUCAAGAUGAUGGAAACCAAACCAUGAUUAAAUACAAUGAGGAAGGAGGAUUUCCACUCUACAAGUUUGAGCCACAGAUUCAACACAGCACCACAAAUCAUUUUGGCAAACUGAAGACAGGAAUUAAUCAGAUUUCACAGGUGCCUAGUGGAUUUAGUGAUAUAACUGCCUCAAGCAUGAUCUUUGCAAAGUCACCAAACUGGACUAGAAACAGGAAUAGUGCAUAUAACACCACUAGGAGUGGAUUCUCAAGAUCCUUUAGCCUACUGUCAGAACAGAACAUAUUAACACAUCUUGAAAAGAAGCUCUACAACCUUUCCAUGGAGCAGCAGGAUUUCUCUGAAUUUCACCCACAUGAUUACCAAAAUGAAGGAACCAAUACCACUGCCGUCUCACUGGAUAAACUCUCUUUCCACAGCACAGGAGAUGAUCUGGACUUUCUACAGAAUUUGGGGCCAGAGUUUUUCACCCUGGAUAAGAUCUUUCAGCAAGGAAUGAAAGAGAAAACCAUGAAGUUUUAAUUGUUUUUUAAUAUGGAUGUUAGAUCUCGUUGAUUACUCCUUCCCAUCUCUGUGUUUUAAUGGAUAUACCAUACCUCAUGCCUGUCCUGAUUAUAAGGUUGCUCCUUGAUUUUGUUGGUGAUUUAGAAUUUGCAAAUAAUCCAAAUUAUUAUAAAUAUCAACAGAUUGUUCACUGGUUUAUUCACUGGUAGUAGGGGUGUGACUGCCAUUUCUGUUGGGUGUGGGGUUUGUGGUCUUUGUAUUUGGUAAGGAAGUUUAGGGAAAAUAAUAAUCUUUUGUUUGUGGGGUUUUUUUCUCUGUAAAUUAGUUCCCCAAAGAGCAGUUUUGGUUUGUUGUUUUGGUGUUGGUUCACCCUGGGGUUGACCCCAGGUUUUUGGUCUGUACAGUAAUGCACAAUAUCAAAUCAAGUUUCAAAUCAAGUUUAUUUGUAUAGCACUUUUAACAAUAAACAUUGUCGCAAAGCAGCUUUACAGAA